UCCUCUGAUGGGACUCAAUCUCCCAGGGUGCACUGUAGCACAUGAGUUGGCACUCGCGGUCAGCUGACGUCUCACAUGACACACGUUGGCGGUGACGGGAAAAGUCUCGCAUUGACAAAAUACUCCCUCUCUCUGCUCGUUUUACUGCCUAUGAAUGAUACUCCCGAACGGAUAUUUGAUGUCAGAGAUUGGAAAGCUUGACCGGUUACACAGCAAGGCUCAUGCUUUUCAUGACACUCCUGACUCGUAUCUUCUCGCGCAGAUCACAAUGAUGGGACCUUUUGUUUAGCCGAAAACUGUCUUUGAGACGGAAACUGCACCCGUGAUACAUUCGGUGGUGAUAGAGCGACCAUCCCGUCAACAUGGGUCCCGAAGGAAAGUCUCUCCUCAACAUCGUCAUCCUGGGCUUCGGCUUCAUGUUCAUGUUCACUGCGUUUCAAACAUGCGGGAACAUCGAGCAAACCGUGCUCAAGAGUUAUAACAGCUCGGAUUUCCACGGCAGUGGCUACACCAGUAUGUCCAUCAUCUAUGGGGUCUUCUCCGCCUCCAACCUCAUCGCCCCGUCCGUGGUGGCUGUCAUCGGACCUCAGCUGGCCAUGUUCUUCAGCGGCCUGUUCUACAGUGGCUACAUUGCCAUGUUCAUCCACCCGCUGACCUGGAGUUUCUACACGGCGUCGGUGAUGGUCGGCAUCGCUGCUGCAGUGUUGUGGACUGCCCAGGGGUAUCUUCUCACCAUUAACUCAUCAGACAGCACCCUGGGCAGGAACAGUGGGAUCUUCUGGUCUCUGCUGCAGUUCAGUAUGUUCUUUGGGAACAUGUAUGUCUACUUCGCCUGGCAUGGGAAGACCCAUAUAUCUGAUAAGGACCGUCAGACGGUCUUCAUCUCGCUCACCGUCAUCAGUCUGGUGGGCAGCUUCCUCUUCUUCCUCAUUCAGAAGACUGAGGCCGAGCCCAUGACCUCCGACCCCAUGACCUCGGAGACCUCCGAGUCCCUGUUGCCCUCGGAGACGCUCACAGAGAGCUCCGCUGUGGUGACAGCAGCUCCUGGCGUGGGCUCUCAGGCUCUGGACGCCUUCAAGAAGGCUCUGAAGCUGUUUGUCACCAAAGAAAUGCUGUUGCUCAGCACCUCCAUCGCCUAUACAGGGCUGGAGUUGACCUUCUACAGUGGGGUGUACGGCACCAGUAUCGGGGCGAUGACGGUGUUUGGGGACAGUGCCAAGAGCCUGAUCGGCCUCUCUGGCAUCUGCAUUGGCAUCGGGGAGAUCCUGGGAGGGGGCGUGUUUGGGAUGCUGAAUAAGUGUAACCGUUUGGGCCGUAACCCGGUGGUGCUCCUGGGGCUCAUCACACACUUCGUGGCGUUCUUCCUCAUCUUCCUCAACAUCGCCAGCGACGCCCCCAUCGCCCCGGAGGAGGGCACACACCUACAGGCCUUCAUCACACCCAGCGUGGAGGUGGCUCUGUUGUGUAGUUUCCUGCUUGGUUUUGGAGACAGCUGCUUCAACACCCAGCUGCUAAGCAUUGUGGGAUACAUGUUCCGGGAGGACAGUGCCCCAGCCUUUGCCGUCUUCAAAUUUAUCCAGUCCAUCAUGGCGGCGGUGGCCUUCCUCUACAGUAACUACCUGCUGCUGCACUGGCAGCUGCUCAUCCUGGUGGUGAUGGGCUUCCUGGGAACGCUCACCUUCUUCCUGGCCGAGUGGCUCGCCGUCAUGCGCCACCGCGACUCCGACUACGACAGCAUCUAACCGCGGGCGCUGCCCUCGCCCCCGCCACCCCCCCUACCCUGCCCAGAGCCCGUGCCCAGGGGGGGGAGACGGGGUGUCGAGAGAGCCGCCGCCUCCGCUGCGGAGUGCCAAGGUGCCCCCUCACGGACUGUGCCACCCUGUGCCACCCUGUGCCACCCUGAGGAGCAGUCUUGGUUGGCACUGCUGCCUGGUGGGGGAACGUGGCAUGAGAGACUGUGCCAAGGUUUCAUGUUUCCUUCUUGUGUUUGGUAGUCUGGGGUUGGUUUUGUUUUGUUUUGUUUUGUUUUAUUUUGUUUGCUAUCAUUUGUUUGCCAUUCAGAGCUGAAGAAUCAAGGAAGGAACAACUGCAUGAUACAUGCAAACACACACACACACACACACACACACACACACACACACAACUGCGGUUGUCUUUUGCCUCUCUGGGUGGAAAGAGACUUCUUCUUUUUGGUAGUUCUGCAACAUGACACACACACACACACACACACACACACAGCCAUACACACACACACACACACAC